UAUCUAUAAAUCUUUACCAAAAGAAUUAGUUAUACAUCGCUGCUAACACAGAAAUUAUCACUGAUAAACAUUCGACGUGUGUGCGCUGAAUUAAAAACUUGUUGUGAAUUAAAGAAAAUAUGUUUAGAAAAAAGAAAGUGAAAUUCGUGACUUUUAAUGUGAUGUACUUGUGAAUAAAAUUAUUGACUUGAAUACAGUCAGAAUAAUGUUGGGGUGGCUUAAUAAAAGUAUAGCAUUCUCUCUUUAUAAGUUAUUGCGGCCUGCAUCUGCAAAAACGUCGUCAAAAAUAAAGAAUUAAGGAGCAUUGCAGCACAGGGUAUGACGCUCAGUAACCAAGAAGAAAGGAGCGGAGCAGGGUGAACUGGCGCGUGUUAUGUUGGUGUUGUUGAUGCUCGUGUCGGCGGCGGCCAUCAGCGCAGAGUGUCCCCGCCAUUGUGAGUGCAAAUGGCGCAGCGGGAAGGAAUCAGCCCUGUGUGCCCGUGCGGGCCUCACCUCCGUCCCUCCCCGGCUCGACCCAACGACCCAACUGCUUGAUCUCUCCGAGAACCGCCUACCAACUUUACGAGAUGAUGCUUUUGCAUCAGCAGGCCUACUAAACUUACAACGCCUAUAUUUACCAGCUUGCAACGUACGGAUGAUUCGACAGUACGCUUUUCGUGCUCUUGUAAAUUUAGUCGAACUGGACCUUUCACGGAACCGGUUAGACGCUGUUCCAUCGCAAACUUUUGGUUCAAUACCUGAACUCCGGGAACUAAGGCUGAAUGGAAACCCAAUUACAAAAAUUAAGGAUGAUGCGUUUACUGCUCUACCCCAUCUUGUAAGAUUAACUCUUAGUGGUUGUAAAAUAUCGGAAAUAGAACCUCGAGGAUUUAUUGGACUGGAGGCAUCCUUAGAAUAUCUCGAACUAAGUAAAAAUAAACUGCAAAUUCUUCAUGUCGCAGUAUUGGCACCUUUGCGAUCUUUGAAAGGGCUAGAAUUAGCAAGCAAUCCUUGGGAAUGUACGUGCGCUUUAAGGCCUAUGCGCGAUUGGAUGAUCAGAAGAAACGUACCAGCAACUGUCGUACCAGAAUGCGCUCUGCCACCUCGGUUAAUGUCACAAUCUUGGGAUCGCCUAGACCUGGAGGAUUUUGCAUGUAUACCAGAAGUUAGCAAUGCCGGGUUUUACAUGUGCAGUGCGGAAAAUCGUGCGGGUAAAGCAGAAGUGACAUUAAAUUUGACUGUAGAGAAAAAAUCUCAGACGAAAGGGUUCGGAGGACGUGCGUUAAUGGCGGGAAUGGCAGUGUCUGCAGUGGUAGUGUUAAGUUCAUGUUUAAUAGGACUAUGUGCGUAUGAAACUAGGAAGAAAAGACAAUUGGAUAGGUGGAAUGAACAAAUCGUGACGCCUAAUCAUCACGAUAAUAACUAUGAAAAGAUUGAGGCUAGUUACAAAAGUGUGUCUGAAUUACCUCAUGUUGUGUCUUCCGAAAACGGAAGUCGUAAAAGAGGAGAUUACAGGAAUGUUCCAUCCCAUGACCCGGAGGAAGAAUUCGAGUCGUAUGGGCAAGUUAUACGAGAGGAUCGCGAUGCCCCUCACACACCCCCUAUGGAGUCUAGUUGGCGACGAAAUAAGUUUGAGCCAGCUAGGAGAGCUGGGGACACGGAACAAGAUUUGCAUAUACCUCGUGUUAGCAAUUAUAACAUAAGAACUGAUGCCACCGACUCGAUGCCAAGCUCCAAUUCGACGGGAGUGCUGAGCGGUCACGUAGAAAUUUUAUCCGAUAGCAAUCGUUUCAAUAACAACUCCCGCUCUUGUUCCCGACCACGGACCCGUGAUCGCUUAGACAACGACCUGUCUGGAAGCGACAGCGAGAAAAAUUAUCCAGAUCUUAUAGAAAUGAGCGCUCUCGGUACAACCAGCUACCUACGCAAUGAAAUAAAACACGACCCCUACUACUUUUAUACGAUACCGCGAAGAAAAGACGGAGAUAGUCGAAGUCCACUUUUAAGUAGUCGAAGAAAUAGCUCAGGGGGAGAUUCUAUUAAUUUUAACGAUAGAAACUAUGAGAAAUCUCGUCAGAGAGCUGCCAGUCGUCGAUCUAGUAGUUUUUUAGAUUUAUCAGUGGGUGGUAGUCGAACGCGUCGUAACCCCAGUCUCCCAGCAUCCCCUUCUAGAGACCAGUCUACUCUUCCGUCCGCCACUCCGCUAUUAGACCUAUCGGGGCUCCGAGAUUAUUCGCGUGCCGGUCAACGAUUGGAGGAAUUUGAUUUUAGAGCUUCGCAAUUGGAGAAAUUCCUCGAAGAGUAUAGAUGUUUAAGGGAACAACUUUCGAAGAUGAAGGAAACGAGAGAAAAUUUACAAAGGACGAGAGCGGCAGAACAUGAUGAGCGCAUGAAGAAAAAGACAGAAGUGAUAUAUACAGUUAAGAAAAGAAAGCUGCAGUUCCUAGGCCACGAACUACUGCAGCUCAUCGUACAAGGCAAGAUCCACGGAAAGCGAAGUAGGUCGAAGAAGAACGUCCUGGCUCAAAAACUUACGCCAGUGGUAUGGAACGAGCACCCGUUCACUUUUUAG